AUGUCUCGUCCAGAGUACCAAGCGCCUCCAGAAAUUUACUAUAACGAUGUGGAGGCUAAGAAAUACACAGGCAAUACCCGAAACCAAGAAAUUCAAUCCCAAAUGACCUUGAGAGCUCUUGAGCUUUUGAACCUGCCCGAGGGAGACUCACCAUUCCUUUUGGAUAUUGGGUGUGGAUCAGGGCUCAGUGGUGAAAUUUUAGACGAGCAUGGAUACAAUUGGAUAGGAGUGGACAUUGCGCCGAGUAUGCUAGAGGUGGCUCUAGAGCGGGAGGUUGAAGGAGACUUGUUCUUACAAGACAUCGGGCAAGGCUUCGGCUUCCGACCAGGAAGUUUUGAUGGAGCAAUUAGUGUAUCUGUACUUCAAUGGCUCUGUAAUGCAGAUGCAUCAACACACUCGCCCCCGGCCCGGUUGGCACGUUUUUUCCAAACGCUUCAUGCCUCGUUGACUCGUUCAGCCCGAGCAGUCUUACAGUUCUACCCCCAAUCAGAUGACCAAAUUCAAUUGAUAAUGGGAAUCGCAAUGAAGUCAGGUUUUCAAGGCGGGCUAGUCAUUGACUACCCCAACAGUAGAAAGGCGAAGAAGUAUUUUUUGUGCCUUUUUAGUGGAGGCACAGGUGAAGGGGGUGCAAGCAAAGCCAAGGUUGAACUACCGGGGGGAUUAGAUGGAGAGGAUCCGGACCGGGAACGUGAAAAUGUGCAGUUUGAAAGACGAAGAGAGAAAUUCAAGUCGCGGCAAAGGCGAAAGAAUAUCAAGGACAAGGAUAGUCGCGAGUGGAUCUUGCGUAAAAAAGAGUUGUAUCGCAAGCGUGGUAAAGAGUCAGUGCCCAACGACUCCAAAUAUACCGGUCGGCAACGGAGACCAGUUUUUUAA